ACGAAAUCCAUCUACGGCUCGCGUCGUUCUCUACUGGAUACGAUUGAACUAAGAGAGAGCGAGAUGAAGGUCCGUACUACAACCACCUCUAACCCAUGGUCUGCGAACCCGUUAGCACGAGCAGCAGAUAGCCAGGAAGAUGAUCCAAUGGAAGAAGCCAACCCGAUUGUGCGCUUUCGGACAAUCCAGAACACGAUAUAUGCACAAGUUGAAGGAGAACUGUAUUUCCAGCUACCUAUGGAAUUCCCCGUUUACCCC